AUGAGUCCAGUGUUCACGGUGGAGGAAAUGAUGCCUCACCUGCAGGGCGUGAAUGGCGCCGUCACCAAGAACCUGUUCCUAAAGGACAAGAAGAAGAAGGGGCUGUGGCUGGUGUCGGCCCGCCAUGACCGCCAGGUGAACCUUAAUGACCUCGCCAAGAAGCUUGGUGUUGAGAGUGGAAAUCUGUGCUUCGCAGAUGAGGCAGCCAUGUUGGAAAAGCUGAAGGUGGGUCAGGGCUGUGCGACGGCUCUUGCACUGCUCUUCAAUCAGGGUCACAGCGUGAAGUUAGUCUUGGACCGGGACCUGGUGGAAGGAGGCCACAAGAUGGUCUACUUCCACCCGAUGACCAACGCUGCCAUCAUGGGGCUCAGACCGGACGACCUGCUGUGCUUCCUCAAGGAGACGGGACACGAGCCAAUCGUGAAGUGCUUCGAGUAA